AUGAAGAAAACACCUUCGCCGGAACCAGUCACCAUCUACAGCAACCACCCGUCUCAUCAUCGCAACGAAACCUUCGUCGGAGAUAUGGAAUACUACUCUUGGUUCGACGACGCUUGUAUCCAAGACAUGAACUAUUUCGUCAAAACCAUCGCCGGAAUCAAAUCCAAAGGAAUCCGGCCAGACCUCAUCGGCUCCAUCAUCGCUCACUACGCUUCCAAAUGGCUCCCCGAUCUCUCCGGCAACGUCUCCUCCGUCGGAUCGAAAAACCCCAGCGACCAUCCUCACCCGGAGAGCGUCACGUCUUCUCUGAUGAAGAAACGGUUCUUCGUCGAGACCCUAAUCGGAAUCCUCCCUCCGGAGAAAGACGCCGUUCCCUGCAAUUUCCUCCUCCGCCUCCUCAGGACGGCGAAAAUGGUCGGAGCCAAUCCGAAUUACCUAACGGAGCUUGAAACCAGAGUAUCAUGGCAGCUCGACCAAGCCUCGCUCAAGGAGCUAUUGAUACCUUCCUUCAGCUACACAAGCAAAACAUUGCUCGACGUCGAGCUCGUGACUCGCCUCGUGAAGAAAUUCGCCGGAUUAGACACUGAAGGUGUCAAAACCGGUGCAGCCCUCGUUAAAGUGGCUAAGCUUGUUGACUCUUACCUCGCCGAAGCCGCCGUAGACGGUGGUUUAACUCUACAGGAAUUUAUUUCCUUAAUCGAAGCUCUGCCUAGCUAUGCUCGUACCACAGAGGACGGCCUCUACCGAGCCAUUGAUACAUAUCUUAAGGCUCAUCCUCAAGUGUUGAAGCAAGAAAGGAAGGAACUUUGCAGAGUUAUUGACAGCAGGAAGCUAUCACCGGAAGCGGCACUCCACGCAGCUCAGAACGAUCGUCUACCGGUGAGAGCAAUCAUGAGAGUGUUGUUCACUGAGCAGACAAAGCUAAGCCGUCACAUUGACUGGAGUGGUAGCUCUAUAACCAGCACUACGAGGAGUCCUACUCCAACAAACCCUUCUGGCUCACACUACUUCGAGCAGGGCUCUGCUGCGGCGCGGUGCUUGUCUAAACGGGAGAUUAAUGUUCAGCAAGCAGAGAUAAGAAGGCUUAGAGAGGAUGUGGCGAGGCUGCAGAGCGAGUGCGGUGCUAUGCAUUUGCAGAUGGAGAAGCUUAUGGAGAAGAAGAGCGGUGGUGGGAGUAAAGGGUUUUUCCGGUGGAAGAGGAUUAGAGCAAGUGUUGGUGUUGAGAAGACGAUGCAUCAUGGUGAGGAAGAAUCAGGUGAAGGAUUUGAGCCUCAGACUCCUGGAACUAAUAUGAAGACAAGGCUUGUCAAAGGAAGAACAACACCUUCUAGGUGGAGAAAAUCUCUGUCUUGA